AUGCCUACGCUCAAACAGGUGACCUGCUCCCUCGAGCUGGGUCCCAGCAACACCAAACUCAAGGAGUACGGUCAUCGCUACACCGAUGGCGGCGUCGAGGCAUUUGUGGCGGUGCCUGAGUCCGACAUACCAUUCCAAGUCCACAUCACGAGCAACGGAUACAUCGCACCCGGGCUGGCGGCUUAUCUCUUCAUCGACGGCCAAUACCAGUGUAACCGCAACCGCCAAAAGCUCCAGACUCCAUGUCCUGGAAUGAGCACCAGCGAGUAUGAAGUGGACUUCAAACUACGCCAGAGGGAGGAGAAGACAUCUGAGGGCCAGUUUAUUGCUCGAGAAUGGACUUUCUCCAAUCUCGGAACAGCAAAUGCGGACAUGGCACCGAAUGUCAAUGCGAACUUCACCAAGAAUGUCGGCACCAUCGAGGUUGUCCUCCUUCGCUGUAAAGGUGGCCGUGUCGAUGGCAGCACAGAAUAUUUGACGGACACAGCUGGAGCACCCAUUGGACCUCAACCAAUCCCUUCAGCUACUCUCUACAAAGCAGACCCUGCCGAAAAGGCGGCUUCCAAGGCGCCCUCGAAGGCCCCUUCAAAAGCACCUUUGAAAGCUCCGUCCAAGAAAGAAGCCGAAGCCGGGGACAGCUUCGGUGGUAUGUUUGGUCUCUUCGAUGGUGCCGGCGACCGUCCUGGCUACCCAGCGUAUACUCCACGUUAUGACAGAGAUCCAAGGCCCUUGCCUGACUACCGGACAUACAGAGACGAUCGUCUCGAGCCAAGACCUUACACUGUGCAUGGUGGACGCGCUGACAGAGCGCCCCCACUGAACGAGUAUGGAGAUGCUUACCACGAUCCACGUCCCCGGACAGCCGCAGGUCAUUAUCCAGUCGUAUCGCCAAUGGGGGGUUACGAUUUUCAUCAGAGGCGUAGAUUUGAUCCAAGACUCCCUCAGCAGAUGCCCGAGCCGCCGCCGCCGCCGCCACCGCCGAUGGAGAGAUUCGUCUAUCCACCUAGUGCGCAGCUGACUCCUCGAAACAGACACAAUCCAGUUCCAGAAGGAUUCAAUUUCAUCCAAGAGCUUUGUCAACAAAUCGAUGUAGUGUUGCGUCUGCAAUUCGAGGAGACCCAAAAGCUCGGUCAGUUGCAACAGGAGGCACAAGUGAACCGUCACGAUCCGGAAGUACACCUGGUGGCUGUGAAGGCUGCGCGUGCGAAGGAGCAGGCGUUGAGUACUCUGCAAGAUGAAAGCAAUGCUUUGUGGUCCUCGCUUGUCACUCGAAUGAAUCGGAUGUCUGAGGCUGAGUGGAACUUCGCACGAGACUACGUGGUAUUGGAGAGGAGGCUCGUUCCAAUGAGCCAUCCGCAAUUUCAACAUUGGCGCGAUCCACGGCUUCAGCAGUACAGUGUUCCAUCUCCCAAUGCGCAAAGCGGCCAUCCGAGCGCUGGACAAGAUCAGGGCUGGCAAGAAGUUGGUCAAGGCGAGACUGGUGGACGUCUGUCUGCCAUGAAGAGAGCUCAAAUGCAGAGAGGUGGUCGUCAACAAAAUCAAAACCGGCAAAGUUCCUGGAACAACAACAACCAAGGCAACGGUGGAUGGGCACCAGGAGCGCCUGUGGACGAGCUCGACCGACAGGCAGACGCAGCGCGCGAGAAAAACCAAGGCAACAACAACUGGGACAACGAUCAGCAGAGUAACAAUGGUGGCGGCUGGCAUGAUGCCAAAUCGAACAGGUCGAAUAGAGAUGCAUGGGGCGACAACAACCAGGAUGACAAUAAAGGCAACGAUGCUUGGGGCCAGCAAAGCGCCUCAAAACACUCGGACAACAAUCGCUCGCGAAGUAAGACCCAGAUUCAAGGUUGGACGAACAACAACGACAAUAAUGGGGCAGGCGACAACUGGGGCGGUGGCGGCGAUGAUGGAAACAAGUCCCAAUCAGCCAAGAGUAAAGUCCAAACUUGGAACAACGGCGGUGGAGGCGGCGGUGGUGACGGUUGGGGAGCACAAAACGACAACAAGUCGAAUGCACAGAACAACAACGACGGCUGGGGAGGCUCGAAAGCCGCCAGCAAUCACCCCUCCCGCCGACGAAACCCCAAAGGCGAUGCGUCCACGAUCUGCGAACCCGUCAUCAAACCCUACUGGGCCGACUGGGACAAAACCCAAGACGACGCCGCAAAACCACGCGCCAAACCCCGCGAGCCAUACGUAUAUCCCGCCCUCGCACCCCCCGUCGCCAUGUCCGGAAAAGCCAGCAGCGUCAACUACGGCGUGCAAGCCGGCCGGGGCGCCAACUACACCCAUCAGACGUAUCGACCGGAGUACCUGGACACGAUGCAGAAGCCUUACGCGAUCUUCACGUUCAAGUACCGGAGCAAAGCGGCGCUGGAGAAGAUUCUGAAGCGGAAGGUUGAUAUGGGGGAUGUGCCGAGGGCGAUUGUGGAGGCGGAGAAGGAGGGGUUGAUGAAUAUGCCGAAGGAUGAGUUGGUGGCGAAUAUGAUGAAGAUGAGGAUGACGGGGGGUGGGAGAGGCUCUGCUAAGCCGGCUUCGAGAGCUGCGUCGAAGAAAGAUGAUGCUUGGGGUAAGAAGGCUGGUGGAGGAGGUGGUGGUGGUGGCUGGGCGGAUGGUGGGAACGAUGAGGUCAAGCCGAGCGAUUCUGCCAGUCAGUGGGGAGGAACUCAGAACAAGAACGACAAUCAAGGUGGCUGGGGCGGCAACAACAAUAACGGAGGUGGCGGCGGAGAUGCAUGGGGUGCAGAUGAGAAGAAGUCGAGCAGAGGCGGUGGGGGCGGAUGGGGUAAUAACAACAACGCGGGAGGCGGCGACGACGGAUGGGGCGACAACAACAAUGCUGGCGGAGGUGGAGGUGGGGGCGGUGGAUGGGGCGAAAACAAUACAGAGGAGCACUUCGCUGGUGACCCUGGUCUCCAGAACACGGGUGGUCACGCUGGUUGGUAG